AUGCAAAUGAACAAAGACAAUCCUAUUCCAUCCCAAUCACAAUUAAAUUCCGAAUCUAUAGAUGAAAAAAGAUUAGAGAACAAAGUAGAAAACAUGUCUGACGAUUUGAUGGCAGACUUAGACCGUUUAAAAGAUGUGGAGUUGAUUGAUUUACUAGAUGAUACUACAAAAAGUAUACUUGAAUCAUUAAAAUCACUCCAAUCACAUUAUGGAAUAAAUAUUGAUGGAUUAGAAGUUGAUAAUGAUUCUGAAUAUAGAACACGUGCCGCUGAGCUCCUUCAACCUGAUAAUAAGCCUGCUUUUUAUAGUUCCUUGACUAACAUUUUGAAAAGAGAAUGUUCUAAUGGAUCCAUUUUAAGUUUAAGUUCUUUGAAUGACCGAUCAUCAGAUAACCCAUUUGAUAUGAACGAAGAAAAGGUUAAUCUUAUUCGAUCUUUGUCGAACCUUUUAAAAGCUGAAAGUUGUAUAAAUGCAACAAUACAAGCGCAAUCAAGAUCACGAUUAAGUAGUUUUACAACAUCAUCUGAGAACAGUGUGCAAUCACACAAAAAUAAAGAAACAGAAAAGGAAAUUGAUCAUAACACUCAUGGUGUAUCUAGAGAUAGCAGUAUCAGCAAGGAAGAAAAUACGUCUAUGCAAGAUGAACCAAAAGAAGAUGAUGAAAUAGACUUUUGGGCGUGUAUUAAAAACGAAGAAGAUGAUUUACCUCCUCGAAAGCCAUUUUGGAGUCAAUCAACUUCCUUUUCCAUGUAUGAUACAAAAGAUGCAAGUGAUAAUAGCAAUGAUACAGAACUUAUUUUGCAAGAUAUAGAAAAGGAGGAACUCGAUUCAAAAAAUUCUAUUGAAAAUCUUAAGCUUCCUAAUACCGACUCAAAAAUUUCAGAAUCGUUUGAAAACAGUAUUCAAAAUAAAGAAGAUGAAGAUCAAUGUCAAAUAAAUGGCAAUUUGAACUCUGAAAUAGAAAAACAUACUUUAGAAGAGCCCGAAAAAGUAAGCCAUAAUUUUGAAAAUAAUUAUGAUAACAGCAAAAUGGUAACAAAUAGUUGUAUUGAUUUACACUCUGCACAAACUUCAAACAAUGCAAAACAUGAAAACUCGUCAGCUAAUGAAAUCGAGCCACCAUUAGAUUUUCAAGAUAGACAAAAUAUACAAAACUUUCCUGUAAACAAUGCUAUUACUGACCAGUCCGAAUAUCUACUGCAAAAUAUGUAUCACAACUAUUAUACAAAUCCAGCACUACUUUCUAACCCAGUAUACUAUCAUCAGUACAUGGCUUAUUAUCAAUACAUUCAAAACUUAUAUUAUGAGCUCAAUAGACUAACUGAGCAGAUAAAUAAUAAUGAGCAGUAUCAUACUUUAUUGAAUAACAAUAAUAAAAAUACAAAUAUAAAUUGUGUCGAUUUUACCAACUACAACAAAAGUGACUCAAAUGAUACUAUUCAUGAAAGUAAAUUAGACAUUAAUGAUGAGUUAAAAAAUAAAAAUUCUGCAUUUGAUAAUAUCUACUCUAAUGAAGAUUCUGAUGUUUCUACGCAAAAAUCUAAUAUCUCUAAUCAAAAUAUAGAUUUGGUAGUAGAAGAUCAUACAGAGCUCAUUGAGGAAGCUAUAGUGGAAGGCAAAAUUUUAAUAAUACCUUCUGAAACAGUAAUAGGAGAUUCUUCAAUCUCACAAGAAGCAGACAUUUCAAAUCCAUGCACUGUUAUAGAAAAAUCACCACUAGAACAAAGUGGCAAGUCAGAAAUAUUGGUGUGUGAAAUCGAUGAUAAUUCCUAUUCAACAGAAUAUGACCUAAUGGAUGAGGGCGAGCAAGAAAUUAAGUCAACAGAAGAGACAGAAAACUUUGAAGAGUCUGAAGAAGAAACUACAGAAGACUUUGACUGUGAUGAUAUGCCACCUCUAACAUAUUUCAAGAAUAAUGUAAAUGAACAUUUACCUCAUCAAUUAAGUGUCAUAUUUGAAGAUAAUGAAUACAGUGAGCGUGCUAGCUUUAGAUCUUCUUCAGUAGAUUCUGGCUCAGAUUACGGUCACCAAAUAUCGUUUUCAAAAGAAAAUAAAGAGUCAAAACUCGAUGAUUUAGACGUUACAUAUGAUAGUUCUAGUGGAAAAUCUUUAAAUUAUAACAUAAUAAAGGAAAAUGAAUCUGAUGUGGUAAAGCGAUUCUCAUCGAAACAGUCUUCGUUAGAAAAAAGUGAUCAACUGCUAACUGAUUUCGAAGAAAAUGAUUCAGUUAGAGUUGCAUUGUCAAUGAAAAAAAACAAGCAUUCAAAUGUUAAUGAUGAUAAAAUUGAAACAUCAUUAAAUAAAAGUGAUAAAAACCACUUCAAACAAAGCUCAAACAUUUGUGACGAACAAUGUUUGUCAGAGUUAUCAAAUUUAGAUCUUAUAAGAGUGCAACCUUUUAAUAGAUCCUCCAGUGUUCCCCCAUCGUCUAGUAACUACGAUUCUAAAUCAGAUGAAGCGAUUCAAAGACGUUUUCAAGUACUUCGUGACCAGUGGAGUCAACUGGCAAAAAUGAAUAAUGAAGGUGAAAAUGAAGAUAUCAAAAGUUCAGCCUGGAAAAUAACAUUUUUUGAUGCGAAUCAAGAUUUGUUUAAUACACAAAAGAAAGAAAAAGAUACACCUGUACGUCCGCAAUCAUGUUUACCUGUUCCACAAACGACAACAAAUUGGCUAACAGUAGAUAAUUCUUCCACAAAUUCUACAGAUAUUUACACAUCCCAAACAAUUACACACGAUAAUAAUGAUUCACAUAAAACUUAUAUUUGUCAAGAAGAUAGUUUAAUAGUAAAUGAUUUGACACGUAGUAAAUUAUCUAACAAUCCUUUAACACAGAAAAUUGAUUCAAUAGCUUCUAUAGAAGAUAAUACCCAUCAAACAGACAAAAAUAUUAAAGAAGAAAAUUUUGAUUCAAACAGUAUAAGUGAAGAUGAAUGUGAAAGCGAAGAAAUAGACCCUUCAACGAGUCAUGCUUCAUUAUCUGAAUCAAGUUACAACUCUUGGAAAAUGAAUAGUUCAAACACACUGAAAUGCGAAGCUUCAUAUUCUAAUUCAAUUUGUCCGUCUAAAAUACAAUCUCAAUAUUCAAAGGAAACCUCACCAAACAUCGGUGAAAGAGCUAGAAGUUGCCCUAGACAAAGUGUUCCUUCUGAUGUAAAUAGUAAACAUGUUCAUGAUGUUCUUCGAUCGUCGGUCAGACCCACAAGUUGUACACGUGAAAUGGAAACAAAAUCGGAAAAUAUUCGAUACAUAAGAGCAUCUAGUAUUACAAGAGAGCCUAGUGUAUAUCGUCAAAACUCCCAAUCGUUUGAGACUGACGUUAGGAGUUCAAUUAUAUCAAGACAAGAAUCAACAAAAAAUAAAUAUAAUCAAUGCAUAAAUAAUGACAGAAAUGACAAUGUUAAAACUACCUGGGAAGAAUACGUCCCUCCAAAAACUGAUUGUUUUGAUGCAUCAGUACGUUCACUUACCGAAUUGCAAUUUCCGAAGUGUAGUAAUGAUUCAUUAUUCAAAAAGAAAAUUAUUGUAAAUCGUCCAUCAAGUUGUACACGAGAGUUAGAAACCAUACAAAAUGAAAAGAAAAGCUCUUCUCUGUAUCGAAAACUUAGUAUAGGUACAGGAAAUGAACCAUAUUUAAAUUCAUGUAGUUUUACAACGCAUCCCGAACGACCUACAAGUUGUACAUUAGAGCUAGAGCUGAAUGUACAAUCCAGAAAUAAAAAUAUUGUAGAAUUCUCUGAAAAUAAAGAACAAUAUUAUGAAAACCCAUGUGAAGAUCAUACAUGUGGAACAGAAACUUCAGUUGUGUUGCGAAGAAGAGUAAAAAGACAACCACGUCCAGUGAGUUGUGCUGGAGAGUUAGAAAAACAGUCUUAUCGUAAUUCUUUAGAAGGAUCUCGUUUAGAGAUACUAAAGGAGAAAUCUGAGGUAAGCAUGCCAACAGUAAUUGAGAUACAUCAUAAUCAACCUGCAAGACCCUCAAGUUGUACCAAAGAACUAGAAGGAUUUUGGGUUAAUAAAAACAAAAAUUGUUCAGAACAAAAACCCCAAAAAAGAGCUCACAGUGUUUCUCGUGAUAUUUUAUUGUGUACGUAUGCCAAUGCGAACGCAAGUACUUCUGGUACUGACGCUAAUAUUGAAAAGAGUCGCCUAUCUGUUCGAGAUCGAGUUAAUGCAAUAGAGGACAUGAAUAUUUUUAAUUCUAGUAAUAAACACGUAAGCAAAAUUUAUGAAGAUUACAGUGGCAUGAAAUAUUCAAUAGAGGAAUCUGAGGCGGAUGAUGAUUCUGGAGUACAGAGUAGUAAAUACGGUUCUGAGAUUGAAACUGACAAUGAAGGAUUUGCAGAGUUAAGAAAAAUGACUCCUUAUCAAAGAGCUAAUACACAGACAAAACUAUGUCAGUAUUUACAAGAAUGCGUAAUCGAAAAAGAAGAGGAAUGUAAUAAAUUGAUUGAAACACCUAUAAGACAAAAAAAAAUUGUACACAAUGUAUCGGCGACAAGACGUCAGUAUCCGGACAAGGUUAAAGAUGCCGAGACACCACAAGAACGAAGACAAAGGCUUUCACUUCCAUUGAUGCAUCAACAUUCAUCAGGAAUUGAAAGUGUAGACUCCAAUGAGGCAUCUCCAGUAAGAGAUAAACUAGUCACAGAACUGGUUCAAAGUCUUUUGUUAAAAAAAGAUGGUCGACAAUUCCGUAAUAUUCCACUAGAAAAACUUCAUGCAGCUGCUCUGAAAAUCUUAGAGGAAGAGGAGGAACCUAGUUUGGCACCGUCAACAGUUUAUUCUACUCCAGCUCAAACUCCAUCAGAGUUUCAGCUUGAUUCACCUUGCUCUUAUGAAGAUUAUCAUGCCAGUUGGCAACGAGCUUCAGAAGAAGCGAAACCCAUUGAUGAUAAUUAUGAUUAUAGUGUUUUUCCAUCAAAAACUUUUAAGCGAUUGCAUGAUCAAGUUUGUGGAGGAGGAACAAUUGUUCGACGUGCUAGUUCGUCUAAGCCCUCUUUAUUAAAAUCUCCUUCACAUGCAAAUCAGUAUGGCACAACACGAAACUAUUCCCCUCAUUCUCAUUCGCCUUCUCCAUUCGGAACAUAA